GCCAUUUACACAUAGUGCUCAAUGAGACAUUGUCUUUCUCUUCAACGCUUUGCGAACCCUGCAUCGUUUUAAAUUACGCGCACUGCGAGCGAGCCCUUGAGCGUGACUGCCAAAGUGUUCAAGCAGAGAAAGAAAAAUGUUUGAAUUUUUGGCUGAACCCUCAGUUUGAAUAACGCAGCAGAGGAGCGAAUGCUCAAGACAGUCCGUCGAAUUUGUUCAUUGUCACCCAUAUCUCGCCUACACGUCAAUCGCUAUCUAAUGUCAGAAACAAAAUACAAAGAUUGGAGUCAUGAACAAUUGGUUCAACGCAUUCUCUCCCUAGAAUCUAGCAGCAGUCCGGUCAAGUCGUCCACCGCAGAUCAAGCCAAUGCACCGUCGUCAAAGAAGUCACAAAGAAAAUCACGGCCGUUUGAUAUGUCCAAAUACUCACAGCGAUCCGUCGCUUUCAAAGUAGCCUAUUUCGGCUGGCCAUACUCGGGAUUUGCUGCUCAAGGAAACGAAAAAGACGUACCUACUGUGGAAGGCGCUGUGUUUAAGGCCCUCAUGACAGCUAAACUGAUAGAGAGUCCAGAAAAAUGCAAUUAUUCCCGAUGUGGUCGUACGGACAAAGGAGUCAGUGGACUUGGUCAAGUCAUUGGAUUGAAUGUUCGAAGUAAUCAACCAAAGGAAGGGGAUAGCACGGAUUAUCAGGAGAUCCCUUACAUCGACACGUUGAACCGCAUCCUUCCCAAGGAUAUAAGGGUAGUGGCCUGGAGUGCAGCACCUCAAGACUUCAAUGCUCGAUUUGAUUGUGUCUCGCGCACUUACAAGUACUUUUUCGUCAAAGGAGAUUUAGACCUCGAUGGUAUGCGAAAAGCCGCUUCCUACUUAAUUGGAGCCCAUGAUUUCCGCAACUUCUGCAAACUUGACCCCUCCAAAAACAUUCAAAACUAUGAACGAACCGUCCUCUCUGUCGACAUUCGCCCAGUGCAAGAUAUCACGCAAUCGCCCAGUAUGCAAAUGUACGAACUGGAAUUGAAAGGAACGGCGUUUUUGUGGCACCAAGUUCGAUGUAUGAUGUCGGUUUUGUUCCUUGCUGGACAAGGAUUAGAGGAUCCAGAGGUCGUUCGAGAUCUAUUGGAUGUGCAAAAGAUACCCUCCCGACCUGAAUACAUUAUGGCCAGCGACUUACCGCUUGUCUUGUACGACUGUGAAUUUAAGGGUCUGGAUUGGCAGUAUGCAAGUGACGGUCAUACCACGGCUGGUGUGGCGAGCCCAUUCAAAUUAUGGAAGCACUUGCAUGAACAGUGGUAUGAGUAUAUGACCAAAGCCAUGAUGUAUCAAACACUCUUGCGAGAUGUGGAUACCAUACCUUUCCAAACCUCAACCGUCGGUACGCUCCGGAGUCAAGGAAUCUCCAGAUUGCCUGCAGCUGAUAUUGUUCUUGGAGGUGGACGGGAGCACAAGAUGGCCAACUAUGUCAAGGUGCUGGACAUGCAGCGCUGCGAUUCCGACGAAGUGAAGAAGGAAAAGUACCGCAACAAAAAGCAAAAGACGAAAUAGACCUUCUUUUUUUUUUAGAAAAGCGUAGUGUAAUUUUUGGUCAAUAGAGUUGUCGAUAUACAUGACAAACAGGCGUGGAUGAAUUACGGUGUAAUCUACGAUUUUGU